AUGGGAGGACAACUGAGCUGCUUUAGUAGCCGAGAUUAUAAUCCGAAGAUCACWCAAAAAAUAAUAAAGCAGAGAAACAUCGCUGCACUUUACAACGACAUCUUUGAAAAAGAAGACCAUCUUGACAGCCUUUGGCUUAAAAUUUUAACCCUUGUGAGACGUCGGCAAGAAAAAGCCAUCAUUAGUUUUCGACUUGAAGAACUAGCAAGAAAGACUUUUGAGAAAACUUCGAAUAAAAUACUUGAACGUCGUAAAAAAUUGCUGUUGGAUGUCAUAGCUACAGGCAUACAGGUACAGGAUUUAGAAUGUCAACUUGCUGCAAUUGUACACAGAUAUUCAACUCUCUGGUCUCUCGCAUAUGAAGACGACAUAGAAGAUCAGUUGGCUGACUGGAAAAGAGACAUGCGCAGAACACGUUCCCACAAUGACACAGACAAGGUCAUACCCAGGCCUCCUCUCAAUCAUAUGUGUUAUCUGAGUGAAAUUGAAGGCAAAAUGAAUACACUCCGUGAUUCGUCAAAUUUAGACGGAAUCCUUGCCGCUGAAGAAGAACUUAUUGUAGAUACCGACAAAACUGAAAACUUAGAAGGGUGGGAUAGGGGGGGAAAACUUGAAGUUCUCGACUGGAGACACAUCUCAAUCAAUUAG